CCGCACCCACCAGCUCGCUCGCCCCCAGCCCCGGCUUCCUUCGGGCUCGCUUGCUCCUUUCCCCGCGAGGAGGGCGGAGAGGCAUGAAGACGAGCCGCCGGUGCCGAGCCCUGCUGGCCGUGUGUCUGAACCUGCUGGCUCUCCUCUUCUCCACCACCGCCUUCCUCACCACGCACUGGUGCCAGGGCACCCAGCGGGUGCCCAAGCCCAACUGUGGCCGAGACAAGAAGACCAACUGCCUCAACUAUAGCGGCAACAGCACGGCCAACGACACGGCCGGCUCCCACGGGGUGCACUACAGCUGGGAGACCGGAGACGACCGUUUCCUCUUCAGGUAUUUCCACACCGGCAUCUGGUACUCCUGUGAGGAAAACCUCAGUGGACUUGGUGAAACAUGCCGGAGUUUUAUUGACCUGGCUCCAGCGUCAGAGAAAGGUGUGCUUUGGUUGUCUGUGGUUUCGGAAGUGUUAUAUAUCCUUCUCUUGGUCGUCGGAUUCAGUCUCAUGUGUCUAGAGCUCUUCCACUCCAGUAACGUCAUAGAUGGGCUCAAGCUCAACGCCUUUGCUGCUGUCUUCACUGUGCUGUCAGGUCUCCUGGGAAUGGUCGCCCAUAUGAUGUACACUCAAGUUUUCCAAGUCACAGUCAGCCUGGGACCUGAAGACUGGCGACCACACUCCUGGGACUAUGGCUGGUCUUUCUGCCUGGCCUGGGGUUCUUUCACAUGCUGCAUGGCAGCCUCAGUCACCACACUGAACUCUUACACCAAGACUGUCAUCGAGUUCCGGCAUAAACGUAAAGUGUUUGAGCAGGGAUUCCGGGAGGAGCCAACCUUCAUUGACCCAGAGGCCAUCAAGUACUUCCGGGAAAGGACCGAGAAGGGGGAUGGGACUGAGGAUGAAGAUUUCCGACUGGACUGCCACCACAGCCGAUACCCGAAUCGACUGCAGAACACCCACCUCUAAAUGACACAAAAUCUCCAAGAAAAUUCGGCUCCAUGUCCCUAGCAACCAUCCCAGUCUCUUCCAUCAGACAGAGCCCCCUGUACACCAUCCCUUCAGGACCCAGCUGAAAGAGCUCCACAGAGCAGAGCUAAGUGUCAUUAGAAGACUUCUAUAUCGUGAGAUCUUUCCCUUUGUUCUCCCACCUCCACUGCAAGAUGGCAGAAGCCUAGGCCCAGCAGCAUUGGCCUCUCCAGCUCAGCCCAUUCAGGAUUCCAUGGAGUAUCCAGUACCAUCUCCAUGAGUUUUUAACUUGUGUCCAGCCCAGCCCAUCACAGGAUGAGCCUAGGUUCCAGCCCAGACAACCCAAGGCCUUACCUGGCAACCAGCCCAACCAGUCAGGGGCCCUGCCUUGGAUACAGAGUGGCCAAUCCCAGGCUUUUUUCUGAGGUCCAGCGGUUCAGUGUGGAAACAACCUGGCCCAGCUCAGACUGAGGUCCGGGGAAACAUUAGAAUCUGUGACCCCAAGAGUCACAUGGAUCCAUGAGCUGGCCUCCAGCUCAGUUUUCUUAAGGUGGAGCUCAGCCCCUGAGCUCACUCAAUACAGGGUAAUGGAAAGACUGUUGAACAUGGAGUCCGAAUACAUGGGACCAAAUGCCAGUUCUAUUACUUACUACCUGUGUAACUUUGGGCGGGUCACUUCUUCUCUGAACCUCGGUUUCCUCAUCUGUAAAAUGAGGGGUUUAGAUUAGGCCAUCUCUAAGGUCCCUUCCAGUUCUAAAGCUGAUGAGCCUUUUCUCCAUCAGAGCCGCACCCCAAUGCUUCUAGUCACUGGGUGAUUUUGUGGAGCAAAAGCACAAGGCCCGAAGAGACAAGCCCCUCCAGGGACUGUUCCCGGUGGGCCACGAGGACCCCUUCUGAAGCAGAGCUGGCUGACGCAGAGGCAGAGGAGGCAGGGAAGAGGCUGCUGGGUGCAAGAGGAUGCUGGUCCCUUUGGAUCAAUUCCAAGCCUUGGACCAGGAAGAAGAGAAGCAGAGUCUUUAAGAAGUAUUGCACCAGGGAGACCCUGAGCCUCUGCCUGCUGCCCCCAGAGGUGCUAUGUCCUGAGCAGAACUCCAGGCAGUGAGGACGCCUCCAGCCAGGAAGCACCCACAGUCCUUGCCCCAGCUCUUUUGGGAAUCACUUCUUCCCAUGGCUCCAUCUGGGGCAGCCAGCCUGCCACACCAGCUUCUAGCACUGAAGGGACCCCUAGCUGUAUGCCAAGGACUGUGACAGCUUGAGAAACUCCUCUCUGGCCUUGGGGCCUGGCUCUGAGGAAAGAGAUAUUCCUGCACCUAGAAAUGACCCUAGCAAGACGCCGCUCAUCUGCUCUUCCUGUGGACCAUGGGGCCCAAUUGUCAUUUUUUUCUUUUCUAAAAAUAGAGAGUUCUUUAUCAGAUUCAUUUAAUUUGUAUAUGUUUGAUACUGGUUUUGUAGGUACCAGCUCCCAUCCCUUUCUGGGGAUUUUAUUCCUGGGGAAUGAUCAUUUUAAAUGGGGAUUUUAUUCCUUGGGUAAGCAUUAUCGGAAAGAAGCAAGUAGUUCUUUCAGUCAGUAGGGAACAUCUCUGGCCACCCUCCCUCUGUCUCCAAGACCACCAAACAUGGUCCACCUAAUCAUCAGAGGCCCCCUGAGGACACGGGCCAUCCCUACCCCUGGGAAACCAGAACCUCACCACCAGAUGGGCCAUUACUGCUCACCCUCACUCAACCCAAAACAGCUUAAAAGGUAGAGCACAGUGAGGACUACACUGGAAAGCCUAGUAUCAAAUUUAGAGUCCAGGGACCUGGGGCAGACCCCUUACUCUGUUACCCUCUUUCUCUGUGACCUUGAGCCCCCAUUUUACAGGUGAAGAAACUGAGGCCUAGAAAAGAAAAGUGACUUGCCCACAGCCACACAACUAAUCUGUAAAAGAGCCAGGACAGACCUGGAGGUUGCAAUCUGCCCCUGUGGAGAGAGUACCCACAUCAAGCGAGUCCCAGAAAUUUGAAGUUGAAGUAAAUAAUAGCAAUAAAAUAUUGAAAACAACAAUAAUAAAAUGUCAUUAUUCACUUCAAUUUCAAUUGCAUUGUAUUAUAUAAGCAUAAUGUGGUAUAGUAUAAUAUAAAUAUAUUGUAUAUAAUAUGGUUUAUCAGUAGUCUGUGGUAUUAUUGUUCUAUUAUGUUCUAUUGGUGCAAUGAAAAAUGUCAGAGGACCUGGGUUCAAGCCUUCCUUCUGAUAUUUACUCCCUGUGUGACAUUGGGUAACUUUGCUGGACUUCAGUUUUCUCAUCUGUAAAAUGACAGGGUUGGAUACCCUCUGAAGUUCCCUACAACUUAUGUUAUAUUAUACAUAUAUAUAUUAGGCUGUGUGGUGUAGUGGAUAGAGAGCCUGCCUAGGAUCCAGGAAGACCUGGGUUCAAGUCCAGUCUCUGACACAUACUGUAGUGAUCCUGCACAAGUCACUUAACCCUCAGUGCUCUGGGUAACUUUCUAGGACUGAAAGUUACAGAGAAGUUACCAACCUGCAUUAGCAGAGUGAGUUUUCUCAUCUGGGAGUUCCCUAUGUUGAUGAAAUCCCAGGUCCAGUCCCUCUCCCAUAUUUUAUUAUAUUAUAGAUGUUGGCCCCUAUAUGGCCUCUUACCUCCUUUAACAACAUUUUUAUCAUCAUUAUUAUUAUUAUCAUCAUUAUUGUUAUCUUCCACUUAGAUUGUAUUAUUAUUUGCAUCUAUUUCUAGGACCUGAGAUUUUGUCAUUGUGGGUUCUUCUCUCUACUGAUGCAGAUUGAAAUUCCUCUGCCCCUUGGUAGAUGAGCUUUAGGAAUUAUUGGGGCUGAAAAAUUCAUCACCCUUAGGCCAAGCUGGUGAUGAGCCUCCCUGACAGCCAGGCAUGUCCUCAGAUAAGAUCCCUGAUGAAUCUGUCCCCUGGCUGCUACCCAGAGCUUUCCCAGCCCAAGACCAUGUGUGGCUGGCAUUGCCUAUGAGUACCCAGAGCUGCCUCCACACCAGCGUAAAGCGUGGAAGGUUCAUUUAUUGAUUCACUUUAAAGGAUUAAUAUUAAUAACUACCUGAACUCUCUUGGUUCCAUUUCAGUGGAAUAGAAAGUAGGUGGGCAUCUAUACGCAUCAUCAUGGGAAUGACCUAUAAACAGGGGACUGGGGAAUCUCAGUGACAAACCUAAGGAAUCUUCUGGGACUCAGGAAGGGCCCCUGAUGGUCUGGGGAGUCCCCAAGGGGUUCCAACCCAAUCCCAGAACUAAUCAGAAAGUUAAUGAAGCUGCAUUAUGAUCGUGUUCCCUUGAGGGGCCUGCCUUUCUCCUCCAAAGGCUGUUGAUGAAAAAAGCAGAAGGAAAGUAGACUGUUGGGAUUCUAAUCUGCUCAGACAAGGAGUCACUGCUGAUUUCCUUCUCUCUUACAUCCUUCUCUCCCCCUCCCUUCCCUCCAGUCUUCUUUCUUCCCAGGGAUUCCCAGCUCAGGGUGUCCUCAGUUCUCAGGGGAGAGUGGCAGAGAAUACUUAGACAUCAUUAAGAAAAAUUCGUAGCAGUCUUGAUUGCCUCUUUAAGCUCAGGAGAGACCACAGUCUUUCCUGGUUGGGUUGUCUUGGAACCCCAGAGAAAACAAGCAUGAGAAGCAGUCAUGCCUUUCUGCUGCUGUCACCCUGUGGAGUCAGCUGCUGCCCCAGGAGUCUGGAGAUCACUGUCCUCCCUGGCCUAUCUCGCCUUUCCCUUCUCUCCUGUUGUCUUCACAUGAAGCCUGGGGUCCUGACCGUAUUCAUAUUCCUUUAAAAAAUGCAUCAAUGGCUUUUGUCUUUACAGUCACAUUCCUUCAUCUCCUGGCCUCCUCCUCCUCCACCAAGUGCUCCUCACUCAGCCCAGGCCCCUCUUGCAUUGAUUGCCUGCCCUGAGCAGUAACUCCUCAACAUCAGAAUGUCAGCACCAGAACCUGAUCCAAGCCCUUUAUUUUACAACUAAUAUUAAUACUAGCGCCUAUUUCCAUAAUGCUUCCAAAAGCUUUCCUCAUAACCAUGUAGGGAGUGUUAAAUAUUGUUAUCCCCAUUUUACAGAUGGGAAAACUCUGGCCCAGAGAAUUCAAAUAACUUGACCAAGGUCACAUACCUGGGA